AUGCGGUCGCAGCCCUAUCCGCACCCUUCCCACCUGAUUCACCCGCAGCACGCCAUGCAGGUGGCACUUUUGCUUGUGUCUUGUUUUCUUUUCGAAAUGGUGAAGCUGACAAUGAUAGCUUGUAUCACUGAUGGCCUACAAUUGACGGAGUGCUUAGAUGGUGGUUAUGUGAAGGAUGUUGUCUUCUACAAGCAGCAAGCAAAAUUGUUGUUCAAAAACAUAUCUAAAGACCAGCAUGAACCAUCAAGACUAUCAACUGAGACUGGACCAUACCGUUUCCAGGUCAGGGUAUGUAUUUACAGUACAUCAUACAUUUUUUGCUUUCAGCAAGAUGAGGAUAAUGUGACUGUUUGUGUGCGUGUGUGCUAUAUGAUACAUUUUCGCUUUCGUCAAGAUGAGGAUACUGUGACUAUUUGUGUGCGUGCGUGCGUGCUAUAUGAUACAUUUUUUGGCCAUAAUCAAGAUGAGGAUACUUGA